GAAUAUGAUGAUUAUUCUAACUUAAGGAACUGAUCGGUCUGUGGUCAAUUUUCUGCCAACCAAAUGGUCCACUGUUCCUUAUUUAGUGCACUACUAGAGACCCGGGACCAUUGGGAUGUGGUCAGGGGUGGUGUGCUCUGUAUGGAUGUGGUCAGGGGUAGUGUGCUCUGUAUGGAUGUGGUCAGGGGUGGUGUGCUCUGUAUGGAUGUGGUCAGCGGUGGUGUGCUCUGUAUGGAUGUGGUCAGCGGUGGUGUGCUCUGUAUGGAUGUGGUCAGGGGUGGUGUGCUCUGUAUGGAUGUGGUCAGGGGUGGUGUGAUCAGUAUGGAUGUGGUCAGGGGUAGUGUGCUCUGUAUGGAUGUGGUCAGCGGUGGUGUGCUCUGUAUGGAUGUGGUCAGGGGUGGUGUGCUCUGUAUGGAUGUGGUCAGCGGUGGUGUGCUCUGUAUGGAUGUGGUCAGCGGUGGUGUGCUCUGUAUGGAUGUGGUCAGCGGUGGUGUGCUCUGUAUGGAUGUGGUCAGGGGUAGUGUGCUCUGUAUGGAUGUGGUCAGGGGUAGUGUGCUCUGUAUGGAUGUGGUCAGGGGUAGUGUGCUCUGUAUGGAUGUGGUCAGGGGUAGUGUGCUCUGUAUGGAUGUGGUCAGGGGUGGUGUGCUCUGUAUGGAUGUGGUCAGCGGUGGUGUGCUCUGUAUGGAUGUGGUCAGCGGUGGUGUGCUCUGUAUGGAUGUGGUCAGGGGUGGUGUGCUCUGUAUGGAUGUGGUCAGGGGUGGUGUGCUCUGUAUGGAUGUGGUCAGCGGUGGUGUGCUCUGUAUGGAUGUGGUCAGGGGUAGUGUGCUCUGUAUGGAUGUGGUCAGGGGUAGUGUGAUCUGUAUGGAUGUGGUCAGGGGUAGUGUGAUCUGUAUGGAUGUGGUCAGGGGUAGUGUGCUCUGUAUGGAUGUGGUCAGGGGUAGUGUGAUCUGUAUGGAUGUGGUCAGGGGUAGUGUGAUCUGUAUGGAUGUGGUCAGGGGUAGUGUGCUCUGUAUGGAUGUGGUCAGGGGUAGUGUGAUCUGUAUGGAUGUGGUCAGGGGUAGUGUGCUCUGUAUGGAGUGGGAUGCCAUUUGGAAAUUAUUAAUUUGUUUCUACUUCCUGUCCCUCUACAUUUGGGUUUCUUUGGCGCUGCUCUUUUACAACUGUGCUUUUGGUUUAUCUAUUUCAUAAAUGACACCAGUGGAACAAAAUAAACUAUCAACCCUGAAA